UCAUCAAGAUCCAACUAAUCAGCUAAUUGUCGACCAGAAGCAGACGACAUCUUAAACCAUCUACGCUCUCCAAGAACAAGGACGGGUUAAAGCUCUACAAAGAGGAAGCAAUGCAUUUGAAGUGUCUAUCCAGACAGAUUCUCUCCCACUCAUCGGUGAAGAUUUCACUCUGGUCUGUUCCUUCACACCUGAAACCAGGUAUCGGCGGAUUGUUUGGACCAAGGGUAGCAAUACCCACGUGGCCACUCAUUCAUAUUCACCAUAUCCAUUCACAACCUAUCUUGACCCAGAGAAAUUCAGCUUGGCCGCUGAUACUUCAAGUGGAAAUUUAACAAUACAUAGCCUUGACGAAAAUGAUGGCGACAUUUAUACUUGCUCAUUAAGCAGCACAAACGGGGCUUGGAAACCAGGAUCCAAUAGCAUGCAGGUAACGCCACUACAACCGGCUCCACCCUUCAGGAUUUGUGUAAUAGACGAGAAAUCGAAUCGUUCUUAUUUUCAAAACACGAAUAUAACCGUAACGGCUGGACAGCAACUUAACAUCACAUGUGAAGCAUACUGGGCAAGGCCACCUGCAGUACUACAAUGGCAUAUACCCUACAAUCUAGUUGCCUUAUCUCGUGAUCAAUCCAACGCCAUACAUGUAGGCCUACUAGACAACCUUUACAUCUCCCAGAAAGCUGUAAUAAUCAAACCUUCUAAGAAUGACCGAGGAAGGAUACUUAAGUGCACUGCAUCACACCCAAAACUUCAAAUUAAUCUCCAGAUAUCGGUUCAUUUGAAUGUUCAUGUUCUACUAUCUAGUAUGCUGCUCUUUGUUCCUCACGCUGAAGGCCGCCAAGAACAUGGAACUCCGUCAAGAAGUCUAUACAUUAAAGAAAAUUCAACCACUUCAGUCACGUGUAAAGCAAUUGGAUCAUUCCCAGCAACUGAAUUAGAAUGGUAUUUUCCUAAUGGCAACAUUAGUAUUCUUAACAUCACAAAGACUCGUAGUGCUGUCUCAGAUGAUAAUUUGGUUGACACUGAGAGAACCAUCACAGUACUACCAAGGAAGGAGGACCACGGACAGAACAUUCAAUGCAACGCAUAUAUGGGUGGCAGGUUUGUUGAUCAAGCAGUGGCCAGAUUGAUGGUGUAUGCAAUACCAGAUGAUGUUAAACUGACGGUCCCAGAGGGUCUUCAAGACGGUAUAAAAACCAACAUAACCUGCACAGCUCGCAAUGAGUACCCUACUCCUCUCAUCCACUGGUAUAUCAGGUCAAGGAACGUCACAGGCAAUUCAACCCUGAGGACAUCCAUCAACAGCGCUGAUCGAUAUGAUGCUGAAAGCACUCUGAUCAUCGAACUCAAUAGGUUUGACCACGGGAAACAUCUUCUCUGUCAGACAGUUCAACCUGAUACACCCUUGGGUCUCUCAAUAAAUGCAAGCAUGAUUUUGAACAUUUCAUCCACCCCAUAUCCACCAUCAUGGCUCUUCGUAAAUCAAAACCAGACGACAACUUCAACUCUACUCGUUGUCUGGCAACAUUUAAGACCGGUUAUGGCGCAAAUGUUUGCUUUAUCAAUUUAG